AGGCUGCAGGAGCUGACCCUGUACAACCCCGAGCGCACCAUCACGGUGAAGGGCUCUGCCGAGAGCUGCUGCCGCGCCGAGCAGGAGAUCAUGCGCCGCGUGCGCGAGGCCUACGAGAACGACGUGGCGGCCAUGAGCCUGCAGUCCCACCUGAUCCCCGGUCUCAACCUGGCCGCCGUCGGGCUCUUCCCGUCCUCGUCCCCGGCGGUGCCGCCGCCCCCGAGCGGCGUCUCUGGGGCUGCCCCCUACAGCUCCUUCCUGCCCCCCGAGCAGGAGACGGUGCACGUGUUCAUCCCGGCGCAGGCCGUGGGCGCCAUCAUCGGCAAGAAGGGGCAGCACAUCAAGCAGCUCUCGCGCUUCGCCAGCGCCUCCAUCAAGAUCGCGCCCCCGGACGCUCCGGACUCCAAGGUGCGCAUGGUGGUCAUCACCGGCCCGCCCGAGGCGCAGUUCAAGGCUCAGGGCAGGAUUUACGGGAAGCUGAAGGAGGAGAAUUUUUUCGGGCCCAAGGAGGAGGUGAAGCUGGAGACGCACAUCCGAGUGCCGGCCGCGGCCGCCGGGCGCGUCAUCGGCAAGGGCGGCAAGACCGUGAACGAGCUGCAGAACCUGACGGCCGCAGAGGUCGUGGUGCCGCGGGAACAAACGCCCGACGAGAACGAGCAGGUGAUCGUCAAAAUCAUCGGGCACUUCUACGCCAGCCAGAUGGCGCAGCGCAAGAUCCGCGACAUCCUGGCGCAGGUGAAGCAGCAGCAGCAGAAGGGGCAGAGCGGGCAGAGCCAAUCCCGGAGGAAAUAG